CAACGAUCCCAUUGUCUACACAAGAGAGACGACAGCAUCGCGCGCACCGCACCUCGCAGCAGCGUGUGCACCGGCGGGACAUCCAGCCCAGCAACAUACAACCACAACAACACCCUUAUUGAACACUCCAACUCGGCCGCACACGCACGUCGUAUCGGUCGCAUCACACUCGUAACCUAACCACACACAACACAUCAACCCACUCACCACCCACCAACCAUGGGCAAUUGCUUCUCCGACCCGUCAAAACCCAGCGGCCAGGGCCAGCGGCUCGGCUCGGGCCCCUCGAGCCCCGCGCAGGGCGGGCAAGGCGGCGGCAGCAGCAACCAGAAUAGGCCGGCGACCAAGCCGCGUCCGGCCGGCUCGACUGCCCCUCCACAGACGCUCGGCGGUGCCGCCGGCGGUAGUGGGCCAGGUGGUAGCGCAGACGACCCACGAUCGGCGGCACUCGCUGCGGCCGAGGCACGCGCACAAGCGGCCGGCACCAAGGGCGUGUCGACGGCCAACCCCAAGGCGGGGCAGCUGAGCGCCAAGCUGGCGGCGGAGCGUCGCUCGCCCUCGACCACACAGAAGCCCAACGAGCGGCUGAUGGACGCCGGCCAGUGGAACUAGAGGGGAGGAGCAGGCGGUCCGUGGGCGUGUUGUACGUGAUAUACCAUUCUUUGUCCUCGUGGAUUCUGCAUUAUUUGGUCGUGGG